CAUGGGAUUUUCGUAUUGGACGUUCAACUAUUUAUAAAAUAGUUCCUGAAGUUUGUAAUGCCAUUUGGCAAGCUCUUCAGCCAAUUUAUUUACCAGCAAUGAAGAAAAAUCAAUGGGAACGUGUAGCUAAGGAAUUUCAAGAGAAGUGGCAGUUUCCAAAUUUACUUGGUGCUAUCGACGGUAAACAUAUUCGGAUUAAAGCACCCAUAAAUUCUGGAUCCUUAUACUUUAAUUACAAGAAAUAUUUCAGUAUAGUCCUUCUCGCUACUUGUGAUGCCAAAUAUCGUUUCACAUGGGUGGAUAUUGGACAAUAUGGUUCAAUCAGUGAUGGAGGUAUAUGGAAUAACACGGAUUUUGCCAAAGCUUUU